AUGUUGGGUUUCCUCUCGCAGAUAACGCAAACUAAGGCCAGGAAACAUGUUACCGAGAUCUUCAAGGUCAAGACAGGCACUGAGAACGGUGGUUGUGACAACUAUCGCGUCGAUGAGUGGUUCGCGGAAGCGCUGGACCUCGCCAAUCAUGUGAAGAGGUGUUUCGACUCCGCUCAGAAAGCUCUGGAGGAAAAAGAUCUGGACCACGAUAGUCUUCACUAUCUGAAGACAUUUUUCAACCUAGACCCGACAGAAAAGACCAUUUUCAACGAGCAUUUCGACAAGAUGAAGGAGGACUUGGGCGACGUGCUUGAUGCCUUCGUUGACGAUGAGGACAAUGACAAGGACGACAAGCCACGGCUCUUUUGUGACAGCACGUUUGCCGUGGAGAAGGAUUGGGACGAUGCAGCUCUACAAGAAGGCACAGGUAAAGGGUAUCCAUUGGAGCUAGUCGACGGCGACCUUGUAGAGAAAACAAUCAUGGAGGCUGAGGCAGAGUGGUACAACGACGUCUUUACAGAGAGAAAAAAGGACAGAGACGAGGAGCAAGACGAAGCAGCAAGGGAAGCAUUGCGCCCCCUCUGGUACCCAUUUUGGGUGGACCACUUGAAGAUGUAUCGCUUCGAAGUGAAGGGGGACUUCUGCUUCGCACGCGACAACAUGGGUGCUACUGAAGACCAGCGACAGCCAACGAUCGUCACUCUUUGUCCCAAGAACUUCAAGAGCGAGAAAAAUAAGGUGUGGUAUGAGAGAUUAGACGAUAUCCCUGAAGUGAAAAGACAAGGACGCAGUAUUGGAACUAUUGCCUUGCCGUCCCUCACCUUUUUCCACGAAAUGUUCCACGUCGCCUUGACGGCCGCACACACGCCUGACGUUACAUAUACACUCAGCCAAAUCACCAGGACGAAAGCACUUGAGGGGGACACGUUUAUAUCGUCCGAGCAGUCGAGGAGCAAUCCAGAGUCCUGGACUCUCUUUGCGUUGGCAUGGGAGCUAGGGGAAAGGAACCCCAAAUUCACAUUUGCCACUACAAAGGCUGUGCGCAGGUGA